UGUCUGAAAGAGAAAAUACUACACACACAGUCUCCUUCACCUUCUCUCUCUACUGUUUAAGUGCUUGUAGAGAGAGAAAGUUAAAAUGCCAAAAAAAUAUAUAUAAAAAAGAAGAAAUUGACAUUUGAUAAUCAAAUGAAUGAGUAAAGCAAACACCAUCUUGUCAUUGUUUUUCUAACAUUUCUUGAGACCCAAAUUUAAAAUUAAAAAAACCCAAAAAAAACUGUUCUUAAAGAAUACAAAUUUUUUUGAAGUUUAAAUUAGUAGUAGAUUAGUGGUAACAAAUGCUGGUACCCAUUUGACAUAGGAUCCUCUUCAUCUAUUCAAGAUCUUACUUACUGCUUCUUUCAGAAUUUGAAUUCUGUGUUUUUCUUUUAUAUGGAAGUUCUGCUACUUUUGGUAAUUGUUUAAUUAAAGAAUAAGAAGAUCUGGCUUAGGGAAACUUCAGCCUCGGGUUUUAUGAAGAGGUUAUUGAGGAGGGAGGUAGUGUAAAUACAAUUUGGCAAAAAUGAAACCGGACACUCCUCUUGACUAUGCUGUGUUUCAACUGUCUCCAAGGCAUUCUCGAUGUGAAUUGUUUGUGUCCAGUAAUGGAAAUACAGAGAAACUUGCUUCGGGAUUAGUAAAGCCAUUUGUAGCUCAUUUGAAAGUUGCUGAAGAGCAGGUUGCACAAGCAGUUAAUUCAAUUAAGCUUGAAGUUGAAAGGCAUAGAAAUGCUGACACUUGGUUCACGAGAGGAACCCUGGAAAGGUUUGUGCGGUUUGUAAGUACACCGGAGGUUUUAGAGUUAGUUAGUACAUUGGAUGCAGAGAUGUCUCAGUUGGAAGGAGCACGGAAAAUUUACUCUCAGGGGACAGGUGAUCAGCUUUAUGGUUCUUCAGGUGGGGAUGGUACAGGAAUGGUUGGAGGAGCUGAUGCAACAAAGAGGGAGCUUCUCCGGGCAAUUGAUGUACGUUUUGCUGCAGUUAGGCAGGAUUUAACUACUGCCUGUGCUCGGGCAUCAGCUGCUGGUUUCAAUUCAGAGACCGUGUCAGAGCUUCAACUCUUUUCAGAAUGCUUUGGUGCACAUCGGUUAAAUGAAGCUUGUGUCAAAUUUAUCUCACUGUGUGAAAGAAGACCAGACUUGAUCAAUCUCUGGAAGCCAGGUGUCAAUGAUCAAGUGGUCCGGGCUUCAUGGGGAUCUGAUAUGUCAAUUGAUGACCAAUCAGAAGAGACAAGUGGGUCCCACCCCUUAUUCCAAAAUGAACAUCUGCACCAGCAAGCCGGCCAAGAACAGCAACAUGCAGAUUUAACAAAAACCCAACACCACCUUAACCAAUCCAGACCUUCUACCUUUCCUCUCAACACCUCUCUCCCUGCGGAAUCGGUUCAUGUUCAGAAGCAGAACGAGGAAGAAGAAAACAAGAUAGAGGAGUCUUCACCUGAGCCAUUACCUAUUCAACCCAGUCAACCUUCAAGGAGACUCAGUGUACAGGACAGGAUCAACCUGUUUGAGAAUAAGCAGAAGGAGAAUUCCGGUGGUAAAUCUGUAGCUGUAGUGAAGCCUCCAGAGUUGAGAAGACUCUCAUCUGAUGUGUCUUCUGCACCUGCAAUUGAAAAGUCUGUACUGAGGAGAUGGAGCGGGGCGAGUGAUAUGAGCAUUGACUUGGGCAAUGACAAAAAGGAUAAUAACAGUUCAGAGAGUCCGUUGUGUACACCCUCUUCAUCUUCUUUAUCUCAAAGCAAAAGCAACUUGUCCCUUAACACGUUGGCAGAUAAUAAAGACCAGAAAGGGCUGAAUGAUACAACAAGUUCAGUUAAAAGUGUUUCUGCGGUCAAAGAUCAAAAUGAGUUGCAGAAACAAGGAAGUGAGCUGGUAGGGAAGGAUGAUGAGAUGGGGUUGAAGGGUAAAGCUAAUUGGAAAGAUCAAGUGGGAUCUCAGGCCCAGUUGAGGUCAUUUAGUGGUAGAAAUGAGCAAGCAGGGGAUUAUCAAGGGGUUGGAGAGGAGAAAAGCAAGGGCAUCUUUGGUGGGGAUGAGAGGACCAGGGGAAUACAAGAUCAAUGGAGUUUUGGAGAAAAGUCGAGAGGUUUUUCAGAUAGAGGUGAUGAUGUUGCAGAGAAUAAUCACGCUGAAUUUCAGGCUCAGAUUGGAAAUUUUGUUGAUAGGGUAGGAUUUGAAGAACCUGAGAGUAGAAGUGAGCAUGCUAUAAAAAGGGAUCGUGCAAAAAAUCAGUCACAGUUUAGGAAUUCUCAGGCACAUACGCGAUCUCUUUCAGGGCAGUUUGAAGGUGGUUUUGGACUGAAAAAUAAAGAAGUGUCAUAUAAAGAGAUUGAAACUGAUCAAUCAGCUUCUCAGUCAGAGAGGAAAUUAUUUACCAGGGAAUUAUCGCUAGGGGGAAAGAACAGUGUGGUGUUCGCUAAGGAGCCUACGAAGUUGGAAGAUCUUGAAGCUUCAAGACAUAAAGCUAAAAAUCCACUUUCUUUUGCUCCAGAACAGAUUAUGAAGCUACAAGGCAGAAAGGAUGAAAGUGGCUCUAGUUAUGCAAGUAACAAGCUGGUUUUAUCUGGAAAAAUGGUUUCUGAGAAUCGAGAGAGCUUUGGCAAUGUUCAAGCACCAUCAGCGGAUCAAGUUCAGAGGGUGAGGCAGUCCAAAGGGAAUCAAGAGCUUAACGAUGAGCUGAAAAUGAAGGCAAAUGAGCUUGAGAAGCUCUUUGCAGAGCACAAGCAAUCAGGUUCUACAAGGAGAAACAAACCUACUGAGUCACAGGUUGAACAGACAAUCAAUUCACAGUACAGAAAACCAGCAGCAGCUGAGAUAACUCCCACACAGCUUGUAGACAAUAUGGCCGAGGAACCAAGUAUGGGCACAAGUGAUAAUGCAAAAUUUAGCACUCCGCCAAUGAAGGCGAUUGAUCAAGACUACAGUAGUUCCACGAGACAGAAUUUCUUAGAGCUUAGUUUGUCAGAUGAUUCUAGAGGAAAAUUGUAUGAGAUGUACAUGCAAAAAAGAGAUGAGAAGUUAAGAGCAGAGUGGGUUACGAAAAGAGUGGAGAAGGAAGCAAAGUUGAAGGCCAUGCAGGAAAGCCUCGAACGGAGUAGAGAUGAAAUGAAGGCUAAAUUUUCUGUUUCUGCUGGCAGGUCAAUGUCUAGUGCUCAUCAACGUGCAGAGAAGCUCAGAACAUACCAAUCUCGUUCAAGCAUCAAGAGAGAACAGCAUCUGAUAGAUUCCCUUCAGAGUGAAGAGGAUGAAGAUUCUUCUGAUCUUCUGGAGCAGAGAUAUUAUAGACAAGACAGAUCAUUUGGUGAGGCAUCUCUCAUGGACUCUGCUUCUAAAAUCUCCCAAAGCAAGAAGAAUUUGCUGAAUAAAAAUUUGGCUUCUUCCACUCCUCGAACAACAACAGCUUCAAUUCCAAGGUCGUCGGCCAAAAUUUCUAACCCCAAUUCUGGGAGAAGGAGACUGCAGUCAGAAAAUCCUCUUGCACAGUCAGUUCCAAACUUCUCUGAUUUCAGAAAAGAGAAUACGAAGCCCUCUUCUGGAGUCAGCAAAACAGCAAAUCGCAUGCAGGUGAGAACCUUUGCACGUAGCAAGACUACUGCUGAAGAGACACCAACUGCAAAGGAAGAAAAGCCCAAGCGUUCUCUGUCUCUAAGGAAGAGUUCAGCUAGUCCUGCUGAAUCUAAGGAUUUGUCUCUGAAUUCUGAUGAGGUUUUGGUCUCACUGAAGUUUGAUAAAGACCAAACUGAGCCGGGUCUUUAUGAAAGGUUUUCAAAAAAUGCGGAGUCAAAGCCUUUUAACCGCAAAGGUAAUGGCAUUGGUCAUGGUGCUGGCUCCAGUGUAGUCAAACUUAAAACUUCAAUGACAUCGGACACUCAGAAAAGUGAAGAAGAAUUUGAAGAAUCACCAUUUGAUGCAGAUGAUGCAGUCGUUGUAGCAAACGAAGAAGACGAGGAGGAGAUGGAGGAGGAGGAGCUUGAAACAACAGAGGUCGAAGACUUCUCAAACAAUGAAAAUGGCAAACCAAGACUAAGCCAGGAAUCAGACAAGAUGUCUGAAUCUGAGAAUGAUGAUUCUCUAAGAUCUCUUUCUCAGAUUGAUCCUUCUUCAGUUGCUGAAUUGCCAACCUCCAUACCUUCAACAUUUCACGCUGUAGGAUCCUUGCAGGAAUCACCUGGGGAAAGCCCAUUGUCGUGGAACUACCGCAUGCAUAAUCCAUUUUCCUAUCCGCACGAGAUUUCAGAUAUUGAUGCUUCAGUGGACUCUCCAAUUGGAAGUCCUGCAUCCUGGAAUUCCCACUCUCUCACCCAAACAGAGGCUGAUGCAGCAAGAAUGAGGAAGAAGUGGGGCAGUGCUCAAAGACCUGUUGUUGCUAAUUCCUCCCAUAAUCAGUCCCGUAAGGAUGUGACAAAAGGGUUCAAACGGUUGUUGAAGUUUGGAAGGAAAAGUCGUGGGGCAGAUAGUCUGGCUGAUUGGAUAUCUGCCACUACUUCCGAAGGAGACGAUGAUACGGAAGAUGGACGAGAUCCCGCUAAUAAAUCAUCAGAAGAUUUGAGAAAGUCAAGGAUGUGGUUCUCUCAGAAUCAUGCUUCUGAUGACGGCUUUAAUGAAAGCGAGCUGUUCAAUGAGCAAGUUCAAGCUCUUCAUAGCUCGAUACCUGCUCCUCCAGCAAACUUUAAAUUGAGAGAUGAUCAUAUGUCUGGAAGCUCUAUAAAAGCACCACGGUCAUUCUUUUCUCUUUCAACAUUCCGAAGCAAGGGAAGUGAAUCGAAGCUCAGAUAAUUACUCAAGUGAAGCUUUUAGAGCUACUUACUCGGAAGAUAUCAAGUGAUAGAGUGUAAAGGAUUAUAUAUAGGAUACAAAUGCUUAUGUUGAAAUAUGUUGUAUAUUGUAUUGAACAAGAUUCGCCUAUUGGCGUUACUGUGAUUUUGGUAGUGUAGGAGCAUUCUUUUCUCUGUUCAUUUGCUCUAGCCUUGUGUGAUGCAUACGAGCAAUGGGACUCUUUGCAGAAUAUCGAGUCGGUAACAGUUCAAGAAGAGCCGUGUGAUUACAAUGAGUAAUAGCAUGUAACGAUGACUACUACUAUUAUCUUCUUCUCCACUCAACCACUAGCUGUUGUUACCACUGUCGCUCGUAUGGUUUUUAAUCAACAGGCAUCGAUCUUUUGUUUUCCUA